UAAAUGUUUUGAUUUUUGUUAAAUUGUAUCAAUUAAAAUCUCGAUUAUUUUGUUACUGCAAGUUGUCAAAAUGUGGUUUCUUCAGUUUUCUUGUGUUUUGAUUGUGUUUAUCCAAUUAUCACAACAGGCCGCAAUUGAUAAUAGAAUUGUUAAUGGACAAAAAGUACAAUCAAUAGAACAAUAUCCAUAUCAAGUAGCUUUAUUUAAAAAAAACGAACUUAUUUGUGGGGGAUCAAUAUUAUCACAAAAAUAUAUUCUUACUGCUGCUCAUUGUCUGGUAAAACCGCUGGAAGAAGGUGAAGAAAUAUCAUGCUUGCCCUCUCCUGAUGAAUCAGAUUCUUCGUUUUGCGGUAAGACCGCUGUGACAACUGGAUAUGGAUGGUUAUAUAACAAUGAACCUACAACAGAUUUAUACGCUGUUAACCUUAAAAUUCCAAAAAUAAAUAAAUGUCCCUAUGGUUUUCAUCAUAUGAUAUGUGUACCUCAACAGAAAGGCUUAAAAGGCAUUUGUCACGGCGACUCUGGCGGACCUUUAGUUAUAAAUGGAGUACAAUAUGGAAUUACAGCAAGUGGUAUAGAACCAACUAGGAUCUGUCAAGAUAUAACACUAUUUGCGUUUACUAAUAUUAUUGAAUUUAGAAAAUGGAUAUCUGAGAAUUCCGAUAUCGAUGAGGAGAACGCUUAUAGUAACAAUCCUAAAGAAGAUUAUAUAGAAAUAUUAUAAGUUAAUGAUGAUCUUUUAAAGAAGAUUUAUGUUUAUAUAAACACAAAUAUAUUUAAUUGGAAAGUAAA